AUGAUUCAUGAUCUGGAAAACGAAGAAGAAUUUCCUCCACUUCCCUUAACACCCAGUAAGCCUCCAAUCGCCAAGAAACCUACGCUUUCCCAGUUUAGUGCAGACAACUUAAGGUCUGAUGAGAUUGUUGCUAAAUUGGCUCAUCUCAUCAAUACAAGAAGCGAUGCGCUAGAAGAGAUGGUUAAAGCUACACGAGGAGAAAUUAAGGACUUAAAAGAAAAGUUGGGCUUCAUUGAAAGACGUGUAGAGAUAAGUGAACAAUCUACUCUGACCUGCAUGAAUCGUGUGGUAGACAUGGAGCGUUACAGCAGGAGAUGGAACAUGAAAGUGCACGGCAUCCCAGAAGCGGUGAAGGAGAAUGUUCGCGAGGAGGUGAUUCGUAUUUGUCAAGAAGUGUUACCGCAAGAAAGAGAGCAGUUGCCAGCUGUGAUUGAUGUAGCGCACCGUUUGGGAUCCAAGCGUUUGAAUGAGUCAAGGCCUCGAGCUGUCAUCGUUCGCUUCGCUGUGAGGAGAUACAGGGAAGCCGUGUGGAAAGCUGCGAAAAACAGCCCGUUUCUUCGAGAUCAUGGCUUGCGUUUCACCGAAGAUUUAACGAAGGAGGACAGAGAUUCCAGGCAGAAAUUAUGGCCUUUGAUUAAAAAGGCACGAGAAGAGGGUAAAUCGGCAUACUUAGCUGGAGGCCGAGGUUUUAUUGACGGCGUGGAACUGUAA